AUGUGGAAAAUGAAGGAGCUCCGGGGCUGCGGCAUGCGCUCCUCCGUGGGCUUUCUGUCCCGCAGAGAGCUCACCGGGCAGCCGCUCAUGAAGGAGGAAUUCCAGCGGCUCCGGCUGGCAGGCUGCACCAGCCUCUACAAGAAGGAUAUGCUCGGACACUUCGGCUGUGUCAACGCCAUUGAGUUUUCCAACAACGGCGGAGAAUGGCUGGUCUCUGGAGGAGAUGACCGGCGAGUGCUCCUGUGGCACAUGGAGAAAGCCAUCCACUCUCGGUCCAAACCUGUGAAACUGAAGGGAGAGCACCUCUCCAACAUCUUCUGCCUGGCUUUUGACAGCACCAACAAGAAAGUCUUCUCUGGAGGAAAUGAUGAACAAGUGAUUCUUCAUGAUGUGGAAAGAAGGGAGACUCUGAACGUAUUCCUCCACAUUGAUGCAGUGUACAGCCUCUCAGUCAGUCCAGUCAAUGACAAUGUUUUUGCCAGUUCCUCUGAUGACGGCCGUGUGCUGAUCUGGGACACUCGUGAGCCGCCACAUGGAGAGCCAUUUUGCCUGGCCAGCUACCCCUCUGCAUUUCACAGUGUCAUGUUUAACCCGGUUGAGCCUCGACUUCUGGCGACCGCCAACUCCAAAGAGGGUGUGGGUCUGUGGGACAUCCGCAAGCCUCGCAGCUCUCUCCUGCGUUACGGAGGCAGCAUGUCUCUGCAGAGUGCCAUGAGCGUUCGCUUCAAUAGCACUGGGACACAGCUGCUGGCCCUGAGGCGCCGACUGCCCCCGGUCCUGUACGAGCUCCACUCUCGCUUGCCCAGCUUCCAGUUCGACAACCAGGGAUACUUCAACUCCUGCACCAUGAAGAGCUGUUGUUUUGCUGGGGACAAGGACCAGUACAUCUUGUCUGGCUCGGACGACUUUAACCUCUACAUGUGGAAGAUCCCAAAAGACCCGGAAGCAGGUGGUCCCGGGCGUGUGGUGAAUGGGGCGUUCAUGGUACUGAAGGGGCACAGGUCCAUUGUAAAUCAGGUCCGCUUUAACCCUCACACCUACAUGAUCUGCUCCUCGGGGGUGGAGAAAGUCAUCAAGUUGUGGAGUCCGUACCAGCAGCCCGACAGUCUGGGCGACCUAGAGGGGCGUGUGGAGGACUCGUCCCGCAGCCUGUACACCCACGAAGAGUACAUCAGCCUGGUGCUCAACAGCGGCAGCGGUCUGUCCCACGACUACGUGUCCCAGUCCAUCCAGGAGGACCCCCGCAUGAUGGCCUUCUUUGACUCUCUGGUGCGAAGAGAGAUCGAGGGCUGGAGCUCCGACUCAGACAGCGACCUGAGCGAGGAGGCAAUAAUGCAGCUUCACGCUAGGGGGCGCCGCUCUGCCAGGACCACACCCGCCACACCUGCCCCUCCCACGGUCCAAAACAGCGAUUCGGACAACUCCUCGUCUUCUUCACUGGCUGCUCCGGAUGUGUCUGAUGGCGAAGGCGAGGAGCGGAAAAGACAACGCAGCAGGAUUCAAAGACCCCAGUCAUCGUUUCUCGUUAAUGAAGACUCCGAUUCCAGUGAGUUUUGGUUGGACCCAAUGCCCCGACCCAGAUCACCCAGUCCCAGAGAGAACUCCACUUUGUCCAGUCCUUCCACCUCUCCGUCUCUACCUGCCGGUGCCUCCUCUUCCUCUUCAUCCACUUCGAGUUCGAGCAGUGACGACGAGGAGCGCCGCAGUGCUGUCCGAAGGCGAAAUGUUAUGCGGAGGCGAAGAAUGAACGUUGUAUCUAGAGUUGGAGACCGGCCCGAAUCUGUACAAUCGCUGUUUUCAGCCAUAGACUCCUGCAGCUACCCCUCUAUCUCUAUCGACGACAUGUCCUCCUCUACAUCAAAUGAGGAAAAUUUGGAAGUAAAACCAGGGAAAGAAGAGGAGAAAUGUUUAAGCCCUUCGGAUUUUGUGUGUCCCAGUCCAGUCAUGUCCCAGGGGAGUCUGGAGCAAGAGGAAGUAGGAGACAGGUCAAAUCAAGAGGAAGAGUUGAGGACUGAGGGGGGACUACGGGGGGCAAUAGACUGUCCCAACUCGGAUAUGGGCAGUAGUAACUCACAGGCCAAUAGGCUUAGUCCUGGACUGAACGGACAGCACCGGACUGUCCCACAAAUGUCCUCUGAUUCAGAAGAAGAUGCAGGACUGUCCCGUUCAAAGACGCACAGCAACUUGAAACGAACUCACGUGGAGGAAGGAGAAUCCACCUCCUCUGAGAAAAAACUCAAAAUAUAAUUAUUUUUCAUCAAUGUGACUGAAAUGCUCACGGUUUCAAAGUGUUUUUCUAUCGUUUAUACAACUAUAAUUUGGGUUGUAGUCUGACAAGAAACUGAGAAAGAAAAGAGGGAAUGAUUUUUGUUUCAGAACAAAUUGAACAGUCUGAGGUUUAACCAACAUGACAUUAAAAUUGUGCAGUUGUACAAAUCUUGUUAAUAACAGAGGUAUUUUAAGUGCAUUUUCUUUCUUCCCAUGCUGAAUUUGUAACACCACCCUGAAUUUUUGAGCAAACUAACACAAGAAAAAGCUAUUACAAAGGACUAAUGCUUUUCUGCUAUUUAAUUUUAAACCUUUAACGCCAAGCUUAAAUCGGAUCUGAGCUUAUUUUUGUGUUUCUAAAUGUUCUCGAGCUGCUUCGGGCACUUCAUGAACAAUGGGCCGUGUAAAAUGUCUCCUCAUAAAUCCUAAAAAGCAACACCAUUUGUUCAAACCGGAUGCUUCAAUUCAGUGUCUCCCUCCAUUAUCCAGCCUUCUGGGUAACUACUAUUUUGUUUUCAUGCAAUUAAAGAAUCAUUUGUUCUCUUGUUAA